UAACCACCCUGUCUUAACGUGUAUUGAAGAAUUUUUCACCAAAGACCAAAAUCCUUGUGUAUUGCUUUUAAUUUGCAAAUCGCUGAUUUAAACUCGAGGAAUGUGCCAAGCAGUUGGUAAAUAACAUUUACUUUUUAGUCCGACCCAUUUAAUUGCGAAUUAUGUCGUCCAUUAUCACGCGCAAGGAUGGCGACGUCGACGACCAGAAAUUUGCCAAAAAGCGUGCUGCCGCCUCAGAUUCCAGAGGAGGUGGUGGAAGCGCCCUCGAAGCGCCCAAGAAAUCCCGCUUCGAUGUCCCGGAAAAGAAUGGCGGUAGCGGUGAGAAGAAAGAAGAAACUGCCGUAGCCGCCUCGCUGAGUUCCACGCAGAUCAAGCUGAUGAUGGCCCAUGCCCAGCGGGAGAUCGAGGAACGCAAGCGGGCGCUUAGUAACCUGAGGGACAAGGAUCCGUUGCUGGCAUCAGUUCCUUCGAUCGGAAUGCCCGUCGCCCUAGCCACUCAAGCGCUGGCUAAAAAGCCCACGCCCGAGGACUCGGAGAAGGCCAGGAAGAUUGCCGAAUUGCAGGCGCAGAUCAGGGCCAAGCUUACUGGUAAUUUGGCCAGUUUGAUUCAGCCAACUGCAGUGGCGGCCGCCGCUGCAGCCGCCGCUCAGGCGCAGGAGCGACCCAAACCCCUAAUCCUGGAUGAUGAAGGACGCACUGUGGACAAGAGCGGACGUACCAUUAAUAUACCCACGGUGACACCAACUCUGAAAGCCAACAUUCGCGCUAAGAAGCGUGAGGUGUUCCAGCGCCAAACGGGCUUGGGUGAACGGAGUGAGUCUGCCACUUCGGCACAGGAUGAGGCCAUCAAGUACUUUGACGACCGCAUAGCCCAAAAGCCCACUGUUAGGACCAAGAGGACGUUGAGGUUCCACGAGCCCGGCAAGUUCCAGCAGCUGGCCGAACGAAUGCGCAUGAAGAGCCAGUUGGAGCGGCUCCAGAAUGAGAUUUCGCAAAUAGCCCGUAAAACGGGGAUUUCGUCGGCCACCAAGCUGGCAUUGAUUGCUCCUAAACAGGACAUGCCGGACGACGUGCCUGCCAUGGAGUGGUGGGACUCAGUUAUACUUACCCAGGAUCUGGAGACGGUGGACGAGGCAAGCGGUAAGAUAAGCAUACGCCAAACAGCCAUAAGCAACCUUAUAGAGCAUCCCACACAAAUGAAGCCGCCGAAUGAGCCCAUGAAACCAGUGUAUCUGCCGGUAUUCCUCACCAAGAAAGAGCGCAAAAAGCUUCGUCGCCAAAACCGUCGCGAGGCAUGGAAGGAAGAGCAGGAAAAAAUCAGACUGGGUUUGGUGGCCCCACCAGAGCCAAAGCUGCGAAUAUCCAACCUGAUGCGUGUACUUGGUUCAGAAGCCGUGCAGGACCCCACUAAAAUGGAGCAGCAUGUGCGGGAGCAGAUGGCCAAGCGGCAGAAGGCGCACGAAGAUGCCAACAACGCCCGCAAGCUGACCAGCGAACAGAAAAGCGAAAAGAAGCAGCGCAAGCUAAGAGAAGACACCAGCUGCGGUGUACAUGUGAGCGUUUAUCGCAUACGAGAUCUGCAGGACAACCAGAGCAAGAAGUUUAAGGUGGAGACCAAUGCCAAGCAGCUGCAGAUGACCGGCAGCGUGGUGUUGUUCCGCGAUUGCUGUGUGGUGGUCGUGGAGGGUGGGCCCAAGCAGCAGAAAAAAUAUCGCAGACUCAUGCUAACGCGCAUUAAGUGGGAAGAGGACAUCGCCAAGGGCAACGACGGCCAGGACGUGCCUAACUCAUGCGUACUCGUCUGGGAGGGGACAAGUCAGCGUCGGCACUUUGGCGAGAUCAAGUUUAAGAUCUUUCCCAUGGAAAAAAUGGCCCGUGAGUUCUUUCAGAAGCACCAGGUUGAACACUACUGGGAUCUGGCCUACUCAGGAGCCGUGCUUGAGGCCUCCACGGAUCAACAGUAGGCGGCUGCUACCAAUGCGGCAAAAGGCAUUUUAGGAAUUACUAGGAUACACUACAGUACUACAAAUUCACUUUCGAAAAGAUACAAGUCUGAAUUAAAGUUUUGAAGCGCUA